AUGCGCAGAAAAACCUGUGAUGGUGAUUCAUACGUGCUUAAUUUGGCUAUAUUUCUAAGAACUCACGAGAGGCAGCUAGCAAAUGCACUCUUAGGACUGAAACGCUCGGAGAAGCUUUCUUAUCACCCCUCGAGUGUUGGUAUGUCAAAGCCAAUCCGACUAUCAUUAACGCCGCAUCAUCUGUUCUAUCUUUUAGAACGGUUACAAGAACUUGGCAUCGCUGUGGGCCCCAUGAAUCGAAGACUUCAGAGCAUUGAUACUAGUGACGCACAGUUGAACUACGUCUCAUUUUUAUCGGAUCACCAAAGCCAUUAUCAUAACAAAAUGACUUCAGAUACUCAAUCGGUUCAUUCGAUUUCCAGUGUGAAAAGUGUGAUGUCCAGUGUCAGUGCAUUGUGGAAUAAUUUCGGCAUGAGUUUAGCCGGACACGAUCAUAGUAAAACUCAACUAAUCUGUGACCUCAAGUACAUUCUUUCCGCCUUGAGCAAACUUCCUUGUCUUCGAAUAGCUCCAGAUUCAAGGGCUCUUUUAGUUGCCGGUUAUGAAGAGUACCCAUUUGAUACUCGAGUCCCACUUAAGGUUUUCAAAAACUUGACCGUUCUCGAAGUGUGUGGGCUGGAUCCACGGGAAGUGUGUGGCUGGGCAGUACUCAGUGAGCAGCUGCGGUUCUUGAUUGUAAAAAAUGCCAAUUUGAAACGGGCUUCAGAUAUUUUGUAUGACUUGGUAGAUUCUGAUACGGAAGAUGCUGAGGAGACAUGCAAUCAGGAACUGGACAGCCCAAUCCCAAUGUCAUUUUCUCGUGCUAGCUCACAUUCAUCGCCAGCACUUCAUUCUUCGUCUUUUGAGAAUCAACACACCCCUCCCGAUGAUCGAAAAGGUACCAGAAGCUCAUUUUAUUGUCAUCGUACAAGCCAUGGCUACACAUACUCAACUUUAUCUCCGAUGGCCACUAGCAGAAUGCGGCGAUCCAACUCGGUAAGCAGCUGCGAUCAUAAGACCUUGAGAGAUCCAAAAGGAAAUUUGCCAACAGUUCAAUCUUCAACUUCAUCUCCUCCACCUGAAACUUGCACAACCAAGAUUAUUAACUCGAAUUCCCUUUACCCACAUCGUUGGGCCAAGCUGAAACAUUUGUCGUUAGCUGAGAAUAAGAUCCCUUACAUCGAAGACCACUCAUUCUCACGUCUAGUUAACCUUACUUCUUUGGAUCUAUCAAGUAAUCGACUGAAGGAAGUUCCCAAAGAAGUUUUGAGCUUGCAGGGGCUCAAAUCGCUCAACCUCUCCUACAAUCAAAUAUCAUGCACACAAACGUUCACGGUACGAAAGCUCAAACACUUGACGUUGUUGAAUUUGCGAAAUAAUGUCAUUUCUAGUUUAGAAGGAUUGGAGGAUUUAGACUCAUUGUCUAAACUAGACCUAAGGGGGAACAAAAUUUGCCAGUUUGCAGAUGUAAAGCCAUUACUGUUGAACAAAUCCGUCUCUUUGGGCGCUUUAUACUUAAUCGGUAACCCAAUAGCCAAAAUACGGGGCUAUAGGGUAACUCUAUUCAACUUAUUUAAUGGUGUAGAGUAUGGCUGCAAGUUAAAAAUUGACGGUUCGAGUCCAGGUAUUUUUGAAUCACGACUACUAGCCGAUGCUGAUUUGGCCAAGCAGAAGUUGAAUGAGCUCAUUGACCAAACAAUCAUCAGUAGGAUGACAAAAAGUGUCUCCAAAAUGAACGUUACCUACAAGAGCACUAAAACCAUGAAACAUACCCUUGGAAGCCCUUUUACGGAAGAAUCCGAGACCCCAGAUGAUAUAAAAGAGACAUUGUCAGUAUUGACACUUAACAAUUCUAUUCUGAAUUCGAAUGUGCCUCUCCGAGAUAAUGAACAGGAGUUAUCGUUACUCCCACCUUCAAAACCAUUUACACAAUCCAGCUCCAGAUUUCCUGUUUCUGUCAAAACUCCCCUAUCAGGCGCUAAAUCAGCUUCUGGUAUCUCGCCCCUUUUUUUCAAAGAUGAUAAAAAUGCUCCUGUAAACUCCAAUCACAGAAACUCGACUGAGAAUCCGAUUCGAAAGGUCUCUAUCGCUUCUCCAGCGGUGCCAGUGAUAACCACAACAACAACAACAACUAUUCAAAACAGUCUUUGUGUGGACAUGGACCAAGCUGAAUACCAUGGCACAAAGUUUUGUUGA